GAUGAGCUGGAAAUGUCAAUAGUGUGCUACAGACCAGAAGGACUGGAACAACUUGAGGCACAAACUAAUUUCACAAAGAGGGAACUUCAGGUUCUUUACAGAGGAUUCAAAAAUCCGGGCAGCCUGGAUUUUCAAGAAUGUCCAGCAGGAGCUGUUAAUGAAGAUAUCUUCAAACAAAUAUAUUCACAGUUUUUUCCUCAUGGAGAUGCAAGUAUGUAUGCACAUUAUCUCUUCAAUGCCUUUGACACUGCACAGUCUGGAUCAGUCAAAUUUGAGGAUUUUGUAGCUGCAUUAUCAAUACUGUUGAGAGGAACAAUACAUGAAAAACUACGCUGGACUUUCAAUCUAUAUGACAUAAACAAGGAUGGAUAUAUAAACAAAGAGGAAAUGAUGAAUAUAGUUAAAGCCAUAUAUGACAUGAUGGGGAAAUAUACAUACCCAGUCCUCAAGGAUGAUGCCCCUAAACAACACGUGGAUUUAUUUUUUCAGAAAAUGGACAAAAACAAAGAUGGUGUCGUUACUUUAGAUGAAUUCAUUGAAUCCUGUCAAGAGGAUGAUAAUAUUAUGAGGUCCUUGCAACUUUUUGAGAAUGUUCUGUAA